CUCGCCCUCUCCAACCGCCGCUUUAUUCGGCCUGGACGGGGAAUCUGGUAGCGAUGGAGACGGCGUCCCUGGAGCAGCAGAUCCAGAGCGUGCAGCGGCACAUCGCCUUCCUGAAGAAGGAGCAGACAGAGCUGCUCCAUGACCUGCACCUGGAGAUCCUGCGCCUGCAGAAGCACUGCUCAGAGCUCACCCACGACCUGGAGAUGAAGGAGCUGGAGGCCCAGCAGCAAGAGGCGCUGGAGCGGGAGCUGGAGCAGCGGUGCCGUGCCAUGGAGGCCCGUCUGCAGGAGCGCGAGCGGGACAAUGCGGAGCUGCGGCGCGAGCUGCGGCACAAGGAGGCGCUGGUGGCAGCGCUGCGCGGCAGCCUGCGCGGCAAGGAGCGCGCCUUCCUGGAGGAGCUGAAGCGCCGCGGGCACCGCGCCGCGCGCCUCGAUGCCCGCCUGCAGCGCCAGAGCCACGUGGCCGCCUGCCUCUCGCUGCAGCUGCACGCGGCCGCGCGGCGCCUGCCGCCCGAGGAGCCCCCCGUGCCGCCCACCGCCGCGCACCGGCCGCGCGGCCCCGCGCGCCGCCCCGGUGCCCCGCACGAGCCCGACGCCAUGCCUGACCCCGCGCUCUUCCUGUUCGCGGCGCGGCCCCCCCGGCCGGGCUCCCGCGGCCGUCUCCGCUCGCGCCCCCCACGCUGCUUCAGCCCUCCCGCCUCGCGCUCCGGCCGCCCGCCCCCGGGCCGCCUGCCGCGCUCCCUGUGA